AUGGAAAAUUUUAAACAGGUACUGCAGGCAAUAGCACGGAGCGCCGCGUGCCGUGAACAAUUGCAGGACUUUCCAGAGCAGUGUCGCCAACCACAGCCCAUAUCCACCGGCAUUCUCAUGGAAAACUACGAAAAAAAUGCCCUUGAGCCAGGGCAUAGGGACAAGAUGCAACCCUUUCCUUCCUCACUUGAAGACUCCACAUUGAUAAUUAACAAAUACUGCAAUGAUAAACACGACGGGAAGCUUGUUUGUACCGUGGAUCCUAUCAAAGGUAGAACGCUUUAUGCGACUAGACCUUUUGCAAUUGGUGAGCUUAUUCUGGAGGAGCCACCUCUUCACGCAGUCAGGCUUGAUCCAAGCAACCCGACCUGCGUGAAGUUGAUGGAGUUGUGUGACAAAUGCUCCUUCUUGCACCCUCCAAUUUGGUAUUGGUGCGCGCUGAAUUCGGUUCUGGUGGAGGAUGACCCUCCUGUUGAGGGCCUGAAGGCCAUCACAAAGAGGCAGUGGGACCUUCUUCGCAUCCUUUUUAUACCAGAAGGUACCAAACCAAGCUCAGAGGCCAUCACUCUUGUUGACUCCAUGGGCUUACGUGGGAUAGUGAAGGACAUCGAUAUGGAAAUCAUGAUACAAAUUUGGCUCCACAAUUGCUUCGAACACCAUAGGUCCCCCGAAGGGUACGCCAUUUACUUCAUGCCUUCCUUCUGUUCUCAUUCGUGUCUCCCUAAUGCCCUAUGGUGCACGGACAACGACUCCAACUUUCGGCUUUUCCCCCGAGCCACCAUAAGCGCCGGUGACGAAAUCACGCUGACGUACUUGUCAGAGGAUGAUAUGUUACGUAACACAUCGUACCGCCGAGAACUGCUUGACGGAGCAAAGGACUUCAACUGCAUGUGCGAAAGGUGUGCCUCUCCUGUAGACUUUUCGCGCGGCUUCCGCUGUCCUGGCUGCCGGAAAGGCGUCAUUUACGUUCAUGCUGAUGAAACUGGAUCCAGGAACGCUUUUAGGGGUACUCUGCUUAUGGAUCCGGACGAAGAACAGCCAGCGGCUGUCCUACCAAGGUCGGCCAAGGACAACAUGUAUGAUUGUUCCAUUCCAAACGAGAGAGGACCAGAUUCUUGGCGACAGUCUCUUGCACCCCAGCAGCUGUAUCCUGACACCGCCCGCGGGUCUGCUGCACAUAUGGAUGGGAUGAAGAACUCAGGAGUUUCAGGAGACAUCAAAUUAUACACCAUUUGGUCUCGGUUGCUGUCUGAAGAAACCAAACUUGGAAUAUUUGAUAGUAGUGCUGCUGGAGGGGCUGAUGCAUCAGCGAAUGAGGGGAAGAGCUGCUCAGCUAACGGCGAUCUGCUUCCCAGGGAAAAGGCACUGUCUGAGGGUGCUACUGUAUCUGAAUUGGGAUCACCUGCAGAACUGAAUCAAGUGCUACACUUAACUUCCCCUCAAGUGGCCUAUCGAGCGUUGCAGAUUCCGCGGACCGGUCGCUGCUGCGUGUGCCACUUUACAUGGACGGAACAUGAGAAAAAGCGGGCAUUGGCUGUAGAGAAAACCAUGGAGGCUGCAGCCACCACCGUGGAUGAACUGGGCAGUGAAUCCGUUGGCCAUUCACCCGUUAUGAGUCAUUCUGGUGGAUCUAGUCGAUCGGAGAUUCCCCAGUCGUUGUACUCAGACGAAAGUGAAGAUGCAGCAGAUGCAGGAGCUUACAAGGUUCUGCGCCAUCUCGACGUACAAACGUUACUUCAGAUACUCAAAAAAAUGUGGAAUAUGCUGGAUAAACACGAGAGGCUAGUUGUUGACUCUGUCAUAAGACUAACUUUCAAAACUCAUUGGAUCGCCGCUCAGUGGUUUCGCUUUCGAGAGUCUAAUUCAGCGGCUAGCCGGAAGCUACUUCACCUUGAUCGUCUUGUAUGGCAAUACCGCAAUUUGUACCCUGGCCUUACACCGGCCCUUGCAUGGGCUAUCUGGGACGUUGCACUGGCGGUGCUCGCUGUUGGAGAGGGUUCCAAGUUGAAGAGGUCUACAAACUUCAGACGCUACGCUGACCAGUGUAUCACCAGCUCAUACACGGAGUCAGUAUUGAUAUUAUCAGCGCUUUUUGGCUCUGAUGGCUCAUUCCCAGCGUCUAUUACCAACAACUACUCAAUGGUCUACGCAGAGUGCAAGGAAAGGAUAAUGCGACGAAUCGGCCCUAGCUUGAAAAGAGCUGCAACUGCCACAGAGUGCUCGACCAGCUACACAUUGGCACCGCAAAAUGGGAUUCAUCUUCCAAAGGUGUGGCCGUGCUACAUCAGUUCUUGUGCAGAUAUCGCAAUCACUACCGCCGCCGAUUUCACACUAAUUCCUGGGAGCAUGAUACUUGAGGCAUAUUGCAGGAUUUGUGUUUACUGCACGUGGGCUACUACAAGGCAUGCGAAUUCGAGCGGUCGCUGUGGUGCAAAACCACGAGCUGACCGCGCUUGGUCCCCUGGCACUUUGAACAACUCAUGGCAAUCGCCCUGUAAGUGCCCAGGAAAAUUCCAUGCUGCGGGAAUGAGCGUCCCGGCACAAGCCGCUUCUUCACUUUCCAGUAUCAUACCGAAAUGA